UUGGCUCGUACCGGAUAGGUUCGUUUUUACAACGUGAGCAAAGAUUCUCUUUUUCCUGUUUUCUGUCCACGACUCUCCGAAAAAUGCCGUUGUUUCCCUGAUCUGAGGGUUUGCGGAGCUGCUCCCUCUCGAUCACUCUAUUUCUCUCUCUCUCUCUCUCCCUCUCUCUCUCUCUCUCUGGAGGAGGGUUGGCCCGAACGGGUAGGCUGCGAGUCGCUUUCCGAACGCUUCCAUGAAGGAUUGUUGGUAGCCCUGCCUGGCUUCGGCAGGAUGUAGCCACUGCUUGUUCGCUAACACAAUACUACUACGGUGCUUGUUCAGAAAGAACCAGAACGUCUCUGUGAGACUCGGUGCGCUACGUCCGCAUCUACAAGUAGCUCUGCCUCUGGAAGUGAUCAUCAGCUCCGAGUUCCAGACCGCCUUCGUUUUGGAGCACCCUACCAUGGACAGUCCUUGGAAAAGCAAGGAGUUCUCUCACUGGAUGCCCCACCUGCAAGGAGCGCUCAGCUGUAGGACGAUUCGCACAGCAUGCUUUUCUAAGCAUCUGAUCUCUGAAGAUCAGCGGACGGAGCUGCGGGCCAUAGAAGACCCAGCAAAACACAACGAGCUCUUGCUGGACAGGCUACGAUGUGGAACAGCUGAGUCCUUUCGCAUUUUUUGUGAUAUAGUGCGUGACAACGAACCUUCAUCAAAUUUCGCUAGUUUCCUGGAAGAGAUGAAGACAUUGGAGAGUUUUGUUGGGGUUUCUCCAGAGUGUAAGAAGGACUGUGAUUCAGUUGUAAGUCUGAUGAAGGAAUUUCCUUCAACAGAACGCCGAACGAUAGUGGACACUGCCGAGAACUUGUCGAGGAUGCUCAAGUCUCGCACUGUCCAAAACAAGAGGAAACAAGUCAUUCACUUGCCCAAGCCCACCUCAACAAUAUCGGUUGACUUGCUAAGCAAGCUGUCCACCGAGAAAGAACAGCGAAAUGCUCUGAUGACAGCCGAGAUUGAACAGUUGCAAUCCAACGCUGCAAUAUUUGAUAGCGAUGAACUGCAGCAAUCUCGGUUCACAGGCCAGGUGACGAGGACAAACGGUGACGUCAGCAUAUCAGAUGCUGACAUCCAGGCAGAGCUCAAGAAGAAACCGUGUUUUGUUAGCAUGGGGACAGCAUCUACAGCCAACAGCCUCGGCAUUCCGCAGAUUACGCAGUACCUCAGGGACAUUGGCUACAUCGAUGACGACACCACAACAACAGAGAUUAUUCAGUACCGCAGAGUGACAACGAUACAACCCGUCAAGAUGCUGGCCUGUCACGGCGGCAAGCGGUUCAAGCAGUUCAAAGGCUGCAGUUCCUGGGUGGUCAAGCUCAUCAUCGAUUGCAAUUUUGAGGAUCGCUUUUGUCGGAGAUUCAUCGACUCAGUUCUUUCUUCUCUCGGUGGCAUUCUGGGCAACGACUGCACUGAGAAUCUGAAUGGUGGCCGUGUACACGGAGAGAGCGGAGGCACGGCAGUACUUGUGCAGAUGACCGCCCAGGCGCAUGAAAAGCUGUACGAGUUGUGCAGAGAUCGUCCUGGCCUACUGGCUGGUCUGGACAUCCUGGAAGUAUGCACUCUGGACGGAGCUGUGGCCUUCAAUCUCCGACCCAUUGCUGUCGAUAGCCAAGGGAAAAAUAUCGAUCCUGACCACCUGGAGCGCUUGGUUGAGGAAUUUGUUGAGCAAUUUCCGGACUUGGACCGAGAUGAGCUCCAAGAGACGAUGUCUACGCAGCCGGAUCGUGAGCAUGCCAAUAUGGCAGCAACCAAGCUCGCAGUAGAAAACGAUCCCAAGUGUCUGAACAAACUGCGUGACGUCUUUGACCGUGUUGAGGAAUCUAGUAUUGAUCGGCCUCUUCAGCAGGAAUCUAGUAUUGAUCGGCCUCUUCAGCAGGAAUCUAGAAUUGAUCGGCCUCUUCAGCAGGAAUCUAGUAUUGAUCGGCCUCUUCAGCCUAGUCGUCAUGUCACAGUGAUCGAAAAGGCCAGCGAAGAGCUGUCGGCCCAACUUCAACCUAAAUAUGGGUGGAAACGGAUCGGUCAACCACCUCCUCCGUGGUUUCCUCCCUACGAUGGCAUCAGGAUCACAGUGCAUCAGCAGUACGUUUACAUGUUCUCUAAUCUCGAAAAAGGCCUUUUCCGUGCAUCCUUGAAGAAUAGCAACGACACAAGCUCUGUCCUACAAUGGCAGGAGGUUUGCAUACCAGGUUUCCCGGAUACACUCCUCAUUGAGGCACUCCACUUUCAAGGUGAAAAAAUGUACUUGGUACGAUGUGAUGAAUGUGAUUUGGUCUAUGUGAUUGAUGAAUGCAGCACUAUCGAGAGAAAAAUUCCCUGCAAUGCAGAAGGCACCAGAACGGCAUCCUCACCAAAUCCUCUAGUUUUGAGUGUGAUUGAUACGAUACUGGUGUAUUCUUGGUUCUCCUUCGAUUUGAUCCCACUGAUUUGUACCUUGGAUACUAGACAGUCCAGCGCGCAGUGGGUUGAGUGUCCGUCACCUUCUCUGCACUAUACACCAAGAGUGGACAGUUGCGGGGCGUUUUGUGUUCCGAUAAGCGGCAGUGACACGACACGAUGCAUCCUGAAGUUGGAUGUAAGUGCCUGUAUGGAGGGCCGCAGUGCGUCAUGGUCUGAGACCCGACUCCAUGGCAUGCAGGAUGAAAUUGUACACGGCGUUGCAACUCCUGGCGAGAUGUUUGCGGCAGUGAGGACAGCUCCGAUACAUGCUCAGAAUAGCAGGCACCAUACGCAGCACUUUUGCCAUAUUGACUUUACUAGAGGCGUCUGGAAAACGCUGCCUAGUAUCCUUGGCAGGUGUGUGUCAUUAGGAUACGAAAAGAACACUCUUGUAGCACUCGAGCGCUAUGGUGGGGUGUAUGUUCUUGACUUGCCGGAAUGAACUGAACCUCGCAUCUUGGCAACAUGUACCGCGCGGAAUGCACGCAGCGUGACAGUGCCGGAUUGUGGCUCAGCGGUUCAGUCCACUGAGUAUAUAAGAAUCUACAGCAGACAUCUUGGACUCACUGGGGUGUAGUUGUGUCCCAGAUAAUUUGUUUCAAGGAGAGCAGACCAUUCAAUUAUUUGUAAUCUAUGUACUUACACCCAUUGACCCUUGAUAGGCAUAAUGUUCGAUUGACGAAACAUUUCUUGGUAUAGAACAAUGUGUGAACUUACGUUUUUUAACUAAUUUUUUGACAAUGAUCACAGCUCACAGGCAACGACAAAAAAUUGCACAGUGAGAGCAUGGUGAUGGUGAGGCUUUUUGCCCUCAGCCGACCUGAGGUGUUGUCGUCAUGGGGACUCUGGUUCCUGUUCAACUACGUAGAUGUGCAUAACAUUUUCACUGUUUUCCCGUUCACUUUAAUAUUAAUUUCUCGGAUUAAAACUGCCGAGUUGCUUUUUUUCACGGAACGAAUCUUGAUUUUAGCAAACUUAAUCUUGAUUGUACACGUUACAGUCCAUUCAGAAAAAAAUGAACUUCUAGCUUUUGGCCAUAAAUGGGUCAAACGUUGAGUUUUUUUAGAAUUUUUUUCUGCAAUCCCAUAUGGAAUCCUCUUCCAAUUAUGUUUCUGAAGUUUUUUUGUCCAAAAAGCAAGCCAUAGCAAGAAUAGGAUUUCGGCCAGGUUUUGCCCCAAAAGCACUGAAUUGGGAAAAAACCAUCAAAAUCCAGGCCGUUUGACCCCGCCUGCAACAGUGCAUUCUGCGGUUCGAACCCCAGUUCAGGCACCCUUUUUGGACCCUUUUUCAAAUUUCAAAGUUCGCAGCACUGCACUGUGUACGAUGAAAUCACGAAAAAUCGCCAAAUACGGGAGCUCGCCAGAGCCAGGACCCAUUUUUUUAUGAAUGGACUGUAGAUUUGGCUCAAAGAGUCACUGUAUCACUUGAGAUAUGAUGUCAUUAUGAUGUCAUUAUUGUGUCCACUAUCUAUUGUAUACACAUUGGUGUUCAGUGGAAUGCCACUCCAUCUCUACUACGAGUUUCGUGCAAUGA